GUACGGCGCCUGCGCCAUGGUAUCCUCGUCUUCUCUUUGUUGGGCGUCGGGGGUUGGGCGCCAUUUUGCGCGGCGGCUGAGUAGAGGCGCUGAUUGGGUUUCGGGGACCGGUGGCGGAGCCAAUCAGAGCGGGACCCGAACCGGGGGAGCAAGGCACGGAUUGCAGUUGAAGCUCGUAUAGACGAUUGGCAGUGGAAAAAAUAUGGAGCAAUACACAGCAAACAGCAGUAGCUCAACGGAACAGAUAGUUGUACAAGCUGGACAAAUUCAGCAACAGCAGCAGGGUGGUGUCACUGCUGUCCAGUUGCAGACUGAGGCUCAGGUGGCAUCUGCCUCAGGCCAGCAAGUCCAGACCCUCCAGGUAGUGCAGGGUCAGCCAUUGAUGGUACAAGUGAGUGGAGGUCAACUGAUCACAUCAACUGGUCAGCCAAUCAUGGUACAGGCUGUACCAGGGAGCCAAGGUCAAACUAUUAUGCAAGUUCCAGUUUCAGGAUCACAGGGACUGCAACAGAUUCAGUUGGUUCAGCCUGGUCAGAUUCAGAUUCAGGGUGGACAAGCUGUGCAAGUUCAAGGUCAGCAGGGCCAGACACAGCAAAUCAUCAUCCAGCAGCCCCAAACGGCAGUUACUGCUGGCCAGACACAGACCCAGCCACAAAUUGCCGUUCAAGGUCAGCAGGUGGCACAGACAGCUGAGGGCCAAACAAUUGUCUAUCAGCCAGUUAAUGCUGAUGGAACAAUUCUUCAACAAGUUACAGUCCCUGUUACAGGCAUGAUCACCAUCCCAGCAGCCAGUUUGGCUGGAGCCCAGAUAGUUCAGACGGGAGCCAACACAAAUACAACCAGCAGUGGACAAGGGACAGUAACUGUGACGCUGCCUGUUGCUGGAAAUGUGGUCAAUUCAGGUGGAAUGGUGAUGAUGGUGCCAGGGACUGGAUCUGUGCCAGCUAUCCAGAGGAUACCUUUGCCUGGAGCAGAGAUGCUUGAAGAGGAGCCCCUGUAUGUGAAUGCUAAACAGUAUCACCGGAUUCUAAAGAGGCGGCAAGCAAGAGCCAAGCUGGAAGCAGAAGGGAAAAUCCCUAAAGAGCGGAGGAAAUACCUGCAUGAGUCCCGCCAUCGUCAUGCCAUGGCAAGGAAGCGGGGAGAAGGUGGACGAUUUUUCUCACCAAAAGAAAAGGAUAGCCCUCAUAUGCAGGAUCCAUCCCAAGCAAAUGAAGAAGCAAUGACACAGAUGAUUAGAGUAUCUUAACAAUCAGCUAUUGAACAAAGCACCUGACAAAUACUGCAUCUCCUGUUGCCUGUCCUACCUAGCAGACAAACUUAUAAAUGGGGAAAUUGUCAUAUGCACACCCUGUUCUCUUCUUCAGGACAAAUUCCAUGGUCUCAAUAAUGGUUUUAGGAUUUUAAUUGCCGGGGCCUCAGUGUAUGGAAACAACUAUUAACUUUGGGUAUAUGCCUUUUCAGUUCAGAUCAAGGAGCUCAAAGUCUCACUUUUUAGGCCUUUAACAUCCUUGACAGCAGCCCAGUGUGAAACUCCCACAGCCUCAGCAAUAAUUGGCUUGUUGAAAUAGGGCUACCUUUUAAGCUAUUUGGAAGCCAUGGCUCUUCAAUCAUGUGACUGAUAUUGGGAGCAGCUAAUACCUGUAGUUGAGAGGCCUACACCUUAACUUUGUUUCCUUCAUAUAGUCUUUUUGAUUGCACCUCAUAGCCUUGGACUUCAUAUUUGCUGGCAACACACUGUAGUAGCAUCUCCUAUUGAACUCUGGUGGAACUUCAAUAAGAUACUGAAAGUUUUUCUUGAAGUAAUUAUCAUACAUAAAUUGUCAUCAAUGAUCUGUCUAGAACAAAAUAUUAUUUCAAAGUACAAGGAAAGUAAUAAGACCUGAGAUGAUAUAUUCAUGUUCUGAGGGAGGGGUUUGCGCUGUGACCCAGGGAAUGGGGAGUAGCAAAAAUCUGGCUGGUAUUGGGAAUGGCAAUGUGUGUGAGUUGAGAUCUUGUUUCAGUCAAUUAGAGAUUACUGACUUGGUCUUCUGAAAUGCAGGCAGUGAUUAUUCCCAGAUACUCAAAUUGGCUGUCUUGUUGAUGCUGUUAUUUCUCCAAGAUAGAUGAGAUACCUGCACCAUUGCCCUAAUCAAACUGUAACUUGUUAUAUCCUUUUCAAUACAAGAGAACUAGUAUGGGCAAUCCUUUCAAGCUUUUUAUGUAAUGUUCUUUGUAAAUCUGGCACUUAACAUUUCUGCAGCCUUCCAUUUUCCAUUAUGAUGGGUUUCUUUUUAUUUUUGUUUUUAAUGGCUGUUUUAGAUAGGUUAUAACUGCCUGGUAAUUAGUUAUGUUAAGGAGCAUGAGAAUGCUGUUUGUUUUCACAGUUCAUAGUUCAGUUUUUGGAGAUAGGCUGAGAUUCUUUCUGACAAGCAUCAUGCAGUUGUUUCUCUCACCAUCCAAUUUCUCCCAUUAUCAUUACAUACUUAGUGUUUUGUGGUUUGUCUGGUGCUGUGUUUAGUACUUAUGUAUUUACAGUCAUAUGUUAAACCUGCAUUGCUCACCAUGAUUGACAAUUGACACAGAACUGGAGACAGGCCAUCACAGAAAGAUGAGAGGUGAAGUGUGAAGUGAAAGCAGUUACAAAGCAGUUGAGAUACAGAGGGAAGAAGGGGUCUGAUCAUUGACUACUGAAUUCUGUAGGAAGGCCGUGACAACAUUGGAAGGUUAAAUGAUACAAAGCAGGCAUUGGUCUAAAUUUAGAAGAAGGUGGCCUCUAUAAGCCCUUGUUUUCAUUGCUGAUAAUGGAAACUAGAAUUCAGGGGUAAGGACGUGAUUAAUACUGGUAAGUCAAUAAAGAUUACCCCUAAUUCACUCAAAUUAGAGUUUUUCUGGCAACUAUGAAAUACAGCCAAUGAAAACUGCAGACAAGAAUUGACAUUCCUUUAGUCUCAGUUUAUUAAAGCUUCAGUUUCAUUUCUUAAUGAUAAGUUAUUCCAUGGUCAAGCUUUGGAUAAGUUGUAUUUGCUUUCUAACGCAACAAGAGAACAAUACCAGAUACAAUUCUGCAUGUGGAGUAGAGGUUGAACAGUGUGGCUUUGUAACAAUUCAUUGGCCUUGCUUAUGUUUUUGGAAGCAAUUUUUUAAAAAAUCUUAUUUCAUGCUCCUGUCCAUCUUUAAGCUUGCAUGCAAGUUGCAUGUUUAUUUUUGUUUGUUUUAAAUCUCUUUCUGUUAAUUCCUUUUCAUUAUUGGUUCUCAAUGCAUCUUGGGUUUCCACCAUGGCAUUUUUUAGCUGGCUACAGCACUUGACCGCAGUUUCUGUUUGCUGGUUUUCACAAUAUCCAGUUUCGGAAUUACGUUAACUGUCCUAGUUAAGGGACAAUGAAUAUAUUGUUUGGAAUGAUUGUUCUUCAGCAUUGCUGUAAAUAUUAAGAGCAUUGGUACGUUCUGAGAUAGUGGUGGGCAUGGAAGGGGAUAUACUUUAGAUUGUUGCUUUUCCAUUUCCCCCUCUUGUCUGUCAGAUUGUCUCUGCAAAUUUGGGAAGUUAAGAGAAUACAUUUGCAAUUUCAAAAAGUCUUAGCCAUCAUUAUCCUUCCCCACAUUCAACAACAGAAAUGCUCUUUGUGAUAUCUAUGUGUAGAUUAUGCACAGACACCUCUUUAAUUUUUGAUCUGUAGAAAAUUUCUGUGGUUAGGUUUUUCUGUAAUGGUGUACAUGUCCUGAUAGGAUCUAUUUACCAGUGGCUUUAGACUUCAUGUGUGUAGGUCAGCCUCUCUUCAGAAUAGUUGUUAAUAUUGAGAGCCUUGUACUGCAACAUGUUGCAAAAUUUUCUGUUCCAAGUAAAACCUAAAAGCAGAAACAAUGCCAAAAGCAAACUGAUUGGAAGUGAAGAAUCAAACCAUGAAAUAGUUAAUUGGAGGUAGAAUAAGGCUGUAGUCAGUUUGAGGAAAGUAUACAUUCUUUUGACAUUAAAAACAUUGGAAUAUUGAUCCCACUUAAAGAGGGCUGACAUUCAUGGGGUGGAGUCACAGCCCACAAGUGAUGCUAAAUUUUUUCAAAUGUUUUGCAUGUAAAGAAAUUAAUUUGGGGGGUUGUGAAUGGGAGGCAUUGAUAUUUGUGUAAUGUAAGACAAAGUUUGUAUAUAGUUCAAAAGUUUAUAAUUUUUUAUGCUGCAUUUUGAAGUGUAUUUUGUCUUUAAUAGAUACAACUGUAAGUACUGUGUACACUAUUCAGUCAAUAAAACAUUUAUAAAAUA